AUUUACGAGAAAAAUAUAGAGAGUGUAUGUCACGGAUCUUUAAGGAACAUAAGGAGAAAGUUAGCACUUCAGAUUUUCAAAUGAUAAUUCGCAAUGAACAAAAAGAUUUUAUGAAACGAAUGGAAAACGUAAUAGUUAUUCGAUUAUUAGCACUGAUUCAUCAUGUUGGCAUUGUAAAAACUGGUGAUCUUGAACCAAAAGAUAUAGAUGUGCGCUGGACUGGAAAUACAAUUGGCCAUUUUACUUUGGAUGAUAAUCAUGGAAAUAAAUAUAGAUUUGCCGAACAUGCAUACUAUAUAAAUAAUUACACUAAAGAUAAUAUAGCUCUUCAAAAUUACCAAGGAGACAAUCCAGUAAAUGUGGAGUCCAACUAUGGUAGUAGGUUUAACAUACAACGUGGUGCAACAGUAAGGGUUGCUAUUUCAAUAUAUUAUGGAUGCCUUGCUUCAACAGAAUCAGAUAUACAAACAGAAUUUGAAACACACAAAUAUAUGGAAGGCAGCACUAUAACGAAUACACAAAUAUUUUCCUGGAAUACUUUACCUGAAGCCUUAAAAACUGUCCUUCCUCAAAAUUAUACAUACCAAAUUCAAAAAUUCAAUAUCCUGUCAUUAUAUAAAACACCAGAAAACUUUGAUGUUUCAAAUUUCGAAUUAGAUGCAUUUGCAAACGUUAAUAGUAAAAAGGAAGCAUCAGAGUAG